UAUUGCUUGCUAGCCUCAUAUUUGUGAUUACUACACAUGGGCUAUUUGUUUACUAGAGUCUAUAAUAUUUUUGAUUACAAAUGCUUAGGUGAAGGUCGUGCGUGUAUCCAUGUUUACUUUUAGGUGUAAAGUUUACUAAUGCUGCAGCCAUGUAAUCGUAUUUUCUGGUCAUCUGCUUGAUUUUUGAUGUGUUGGGUGGCGAGGGUUAUAAAAUCAAUUUGGCAGUUAUCACUGCAAAUGGAAGACCUUGUUUGCUUUGGGUCAAUAUGAUUAGAGCUGAUGACCGCAAUGGAAUUGCAAGUGCAGCAAGUUGAGUUAGCAGCGACCUAUAAAUACUGCUGAUCCAUAGAUUUCAGGAUACAGUAAAUGAUGAAGAAGUUGACAGAUAGCAGGCGGCGCAACAGUGGCUCCUCGAUGUGGAAGAAGGUGUCUGAUUCGGAUGACGACGACGACGACAAUACUAUCUGUAGCUGUGCGGCCAUUAAGAGGAGUGUGGUCUACUAUUUGAAAAAUAGCACCCUUCAUGGCCUAAAGUACAUCGCCGAGGAGAGCAUCACCAUUCCAGAACGUGUGUUCUUCGGCAUUGCUUUUGUACUGGUGGUAAUCUUGUCCGGAUUUUUCAUCUCCAACGUGUACGUAAAGUGGAGCGCUUCGCCCAUUAUUAUUUCGACCAGUGCCAAGCAAAAGCUAACCAGUAAUAUGCCCUUUCCGGCGAUCACGAUCUGUAAUCUUAACCAGGCACUGCUGAGUCAAGUGGAUCGCAUUGCCCGGACCAGCACAAAUUUCUCCCUACUUAUGGGUUUGUGUGACCAGGGCGGUGAUACGACCAUCUCCUAUAUCGGAACCUGGAAGUACUUUAAGGCGAUCCUGGUGGAGGUGGCCCAGCCGUGCGAGAAGAUGCUGUUGUACUGCAGUUUUGGUUCACGGGAAGAAGAGUGCUCCCUGCUCUUUAAUUCAAUAUUAACCGACGAUGGCCUGUGUUGUAAUUUUAAUGCCCUGGAUCCAUCGUAUCUCAUCCGGAAUUAUAGCGACGAUGUUAGGUGGGAACCGGCUCAGCCAAAUUCGCGUUAUGAACCCAUCGAUUGGACGCCUGAGAAGGGAUAUGCCCGCAAGCUGCCCGAGUUUUACUAUCCGCGCACCUCGGGUGGCACCGGCAUUCGCAUGGGUCUCACUGUGGUGUUGAAUGCCUCCAUAGCGGAGUACUACUGCACCAAGUCCAUGAGUGUGGGAUUUAAGGUCCUUGUUCACAAUCCUGCCGAACUGCCGAAGGUGAGCAACUAUGGAUUCGUGGUGACUGCUGGACGUGAGGCGAGAAUACCCAUUGAACCGGUUUAUGAGGAUGCCCUGCCCACGAUACGAUCCAUUAAGAAAUCGGUGCGUCGUUGCCUUUUCUCCGAUGAAAAUGAUUUGGCCUACUAUCGGACAUAUUCGCGAAAGAACUGUGAGUUGGAGUGCGAGGCGAAGUUGCUGCUUCGCGAAUGCAGCUGUGUCUUGUACUAUCUGCCCCGGAUCGAUCCAAUGGCGAGGGUGUGUGGACCCAAUGAUAAUCUCUGUACGGAUCGUGUACAAACGGAGAUCGAAUCAUCGAUGACAAACCUAACCUGCGAAAGUUGCUGGCCAGGUUGCUUUGAGCUCACGUAUAAGGCCACCCUAUCAACCGCAUCGAUCGUCUCGGAUCCACGUUUUCAGGCCGGCGAAAAUCUACCUGACUAUAUCUUCCAUGGACCAUAUAGCAAUGCCAGCGAGAUUUCCAUUCUGCACUUCUACUACAUGACCAAUAUAUUCCGGAGCACCACCAAGUCCGAGAUGUUUGGCUUUACCGAGUUUUUGUCUAAUACCGGUGGUCUUUUGGGCCUCUUCAUGGGCUUCAGCAUUUUCUCAGUGAUCGAGAUAUUCUUCUAUAUCACUGUUCGUCCCUACUGUGCCUCCCGGACCCUCCAGCAGCGCCAUAAGCGUCGCCUGGAGCAGCUUCGCUGGCUGACUCCGGUGCGGGUGCCCGGACGUAGAAUUCCACGCCUACGAAUUCGAGGUGGCUUUAUCCGAAAUCCUCUGCAACCGCCCGCCUACAGUGAUUUGCAGAAGAGCCGCGGAAAUGUUGGCAAAUCAAAGACAAACAAGAGGAGUAUCUGGCAAACGUUGCAGGUUCGCCCAGUGGAUCGAGUGGAUGUGGAGCCACCAGUCUAUCCGUACCUGGAUUAAGAGCAUCUGGAGUGACAUAUGCACAGAGAAAAAUCUAUUUUCCUGAAAUUUGGAAUAAGUAAACAGUAAAAAAUUUAAAGGAUUUUGAAAAAUAUGUUCAUAUUUAGACACAUUGAAUGUUAGAUGUUUAAAUAAACUUGCACGUUGUAAUAAUUUAUAUUAAUGAAUAAAAUUCUUACACUGUUUUUGGAUUUUCUCUGUAUGUAGCCGUGUUCCCAGUGUUCUUAUUUAUUGUUCUGCUGGAAUAGUCCGAUGUUUAUGGCCCAGAAAGCAGUACAACAAUAAAUAGACCCGUGGCAAAGGCAACAAAAAAGGCCAACGAACGCCGAAUCCAUGGGUGACGUGACUUCAGCAGCACUGGAAAAAAAUGUAUUAUUAUUGAAAUGA